UGAGUGAGAAGAGAAGAAAAGCAUCAUAGCUGACCCUUGGAUUAAACGCAGAGCUUCUAGAUUUGUGACCUGUGUAAUUGCCAUGGCCUGGCAGGUCUACACCAAGCUCUGUUGUUGUUAUCCCCCGGCAUCUGCACCAAGUGAGGUAUGUCCCAUAUAUUGGGGUGUGUUCGUGUGCUGAGACUGCCUCCAGCAGAUCAAUUCUCUCUCAGAAUAUGGAACAGAAGCCACCUUUGCACUUGACAGCUGGAAGGAGACUGAUUCCACAACGAUGCAGCCCCCGUUUCAGAAUGAGGACCGAGACCUGCAAGCAGCUGUAGCAAGAGCCCGUCCCCAGCUCAUGGAGCUCCUCGCUCACUGUCCCGACUGGCUGCUCACCACCUCCCAGCACUUCAUCCCCGAGGCAGCCCUGGGCAGCCUGGGUGCCAUCACCAACCCCAGACAUAAAAUCUCACUGCUCCUUGAGCUGCUGGAGGAGGCUGGUCCUGCUGCCUGGAGCCACUUUGCACAGUCUGUCUGCAUGGAAUGUGACCUGCCCCUGGAUCUGGAGGUCCUGCUCAUGAGCUCUGUGGGCGAAGGUAACUUCAGCCAGACAGAAGAAGCAGACACAGAUAUGAGAGCUCGAUCACCUGUGCCAAAAGGGUCUGCUCGCCGUCACCGUUGCAGCAGCUCUGGGAGUGACAAGGAUGCCAAACAGCAACGAUUGGAUUCAUCUGUGAAGUACCAGCAUCUCCUCAUCAACUCUAUCCUCCAGAGAUACGGAAGCAGGAGAGAAGCAGGAGCAGAAGAACAAACACAGCCACUGCCUUUUAACCAAACCUUUGUCAACGUUGUCAUCCGUCAGAGCAAAGCCCCCAGGUUGUUUAAAGAGAGAGCAGAGAGACCCCGGGGGGACAUGGCAGGUGCUCCUGAGCCAGAGGAAUGUGCAGACACAGCCGUGAAAGUGUCAGAUCUGCUUUGUAGCGAGGCCCCAUCGCACACGACAAAGGUGGUCUUUUUGUUUGGCAAACCAGGCACAGGCAAGACCAGGCUGAUGCACAGGAUUUGUCAGAAAUGGGCAGAAGGUGUCCUACCUCAGUUUCUCUUCACUUUCCUGUUUGAGUUUCGGCAGCUGAAUUUGUUAAAAAGAAAAUUGACGCUGAAGGAGCUUUUGUUUGACAUGUUCCUUCGGCCAGAGGACAGCCCUGAUGCAGUGUUCCAGGGCCUCCUGGAGAGUGCCCAGCAGACUCUGAUCAUCUUUGAUGGGCUGGAUGAGUUUGCAGCUAACAUGGAUGUGUCAUCCUCCUCUAAGGGAGGCCCAGCUCUUACCUGCCCUGUGUCCAUAUCCCAGCUCUUUGCAGACCUCUGUCAUGGGAAGCUCCUGCCUGGUUGCACAGUGUUGGUCACCAGCCGACCUAAGAGGCUACCUGGAUUUUUAUUGUAUACAGUAGGUGUGCUGGCAGAGAUUUGGGGAUUUGACCACGAGAAGGUUGAGGAAUAUGUUAGCCACUAUUUUUGUCAGCAUUCCUGCAGAGAACAAGCCAUUGCCCACGUGAAGAACAACACCAAACUCCUCAGCAUGUGCCUCAUCCCUGCUCUGUGUAACAUUGUGUGCAUCUGCUUGGAGUAUUUGCUCCUUAAACACCAGAUGAGCGUGGAGCUUCCUCAGACUAUGACACAGUUUUAUAUCAAGAUGUUUCUCAUCUUCCUAAACAAGCAGCAAGGAGACUGUGCAGGUGAUGAGGAGACUCAGCUGAACUGUAACAAAAAGGCCAUUUUGGGUCUGUUUGAUCUUGCACUGAGAGGCCUGGAAGAGAAGAAACUUGUAUUUUAUGUUGGUGAUAUUCCCGAGGACGUGAAGGAAUUUGCUUUGUUGCAUGGAUUGCUGACUGUCUUUGAGGUGAAGACGAGUGGCACUUGCCCAGAGGUUGGCUAUGCCUUUGUGCACCUGAGCUUGCAGGAGUUUUUUGCAGCACUGUGUCUCAUGGUGAGUAGGAGGGUGGACAAGAACCACUUGAAGAAGAAAUUCUUCCUGAAGUCGAAGUGGACUUCAAAAAAUGAGACAAAGACUGAGUUUAUGGAGAGUUUUCACAUAUUUCUCUCGGGUUUGUCGUCAAGAGAGUGUAGGACAUUUCUCAUGCUGCUGGCAGAGCAAGAUGAAGCUUGGGUGCAGGAAAAGCAGGAUGUGAUCCUGCAGUCUCUCAAGAAACUGGCAGCCACUCAUCUGUCAGGGCCUAAGGUCCUUGAGCUCUGCCACUGCACCUUUGAAACACAAAACCUCGAAAUAGCCCAGCACAUUGGGAACCUGCUGAAUUUCAAGUACGAGUUUAAAAACUUCAGACUGACAAUGCUGGACAUGUCGGCUUUGGUUUUUGUCAUAAACUCGGGCCAGGAUUUGAUUUGUUUGGAUUUUGCAGGAUGUCUUGUGGACACUGACUGUUUGGAGGUUCUGUCUGGCUGUAAAAAUGUGGAACACUUGAGCUUUCGUAGCAGGAGAUGUGGUGAUAACUUUGCUGCUGCUCUUUCAAAGGCCUUGCAAGGAAUGGGGACCCUGAAGAAACUUGAGCUGACAGGGGGGAGCAUCACAGCUGAGGGGAUGACCAGCUUGGUCCAGGCUGCAUCACAGUGCCUUCAGCUUGAGGAAAUAAACUUGCAGGGCAAUCGCAUACGGGACCCAGAAGUGAAGAGGGUGAUGGACCUGUUUUCCAAAAUGGAAAAGCUGAAGAAAGUAGACCUGAGCAACAACAGUCUUUCCUUGAAUGCUGUUCUCAGUUUGGCAAAGGAAGGCAUCGUGUGUCAAAAUGUUACUGAGCUGUGUGCCAGGGGGGACACCAUGAUUAUUUAUUUUUCUGGCGCCCCUGGGGAAGCUGAAAGAUCUUUGGAUUUGAAGUUGGAAGAGAAUAAAGAACCCAUAAUUCCAACUAGACAUGUGAAUUUAUGCUUGCAGGACCACAGGUUGUCUUCCCAACAUGCCAGGAUGAUUGUGGCCCUUCUCCAGAGCUGUCCCUGUCUCUCUGAAGUGGAUUUAUCAGGCAACAUGCUUGGAGAUGAAGGCUGCGGUUGUCUGGUGGAAAGCCUCCCCUGUAUAUCAAUUUCAAAGCAGCUGAAUCUCAGUCAAAACUGCCUCUCUGUCACUGGCAUUUGCAGCCUGUUGAAGUCAGUAAAUACCUGCCAGAAGGUGAUGGAGGUGCAGGUCAGCCUUUGUCAUGAUGCUGCAGUCCUGAGAUUUAGAGAAGACAGGGAGUUUGCUUCCCUUCCUCCUAGGGAAGAGCCUGUGUUGUCUACUGAUGACCAACAACAUGGGGAGGAAAACCAGACACCUACCACCUCCCAGAAAAUAAGACUGACAGACUGUGAUUUUCAAGCCAGUGACCUGAAGAAUUUGUGUGCAGUCCUGAAGGAAUGUGGCCACAUCUCUGAGCUGGACCUAUCACAUAAUUAUCUGGGAGAUGAGGGAUUGUUGCAGCUGUUUCAGUGCCUCCCAAAACUGAAAAUGUUGAGUUGUCUCAAGUUUAACAACAACCAGAUCUCCCUGAACUCCGUGUUUUUCUUAGCUCAGUCAUUAACUACGCUGGAACACAUUAAAACAAUGAGCCUCAGCUUAGGACUCACACAGGUGGUUCAUCUGACCUUUUGGGAAAGAGUCAGAAGUACCAGCAGAUGGAGAAGUGUUUCCCUGGCACAUCCCAAGGAGGAAGCCCAAGGACGGUGCUUUCGUCUCAGGGACUGCAAAUUGGGUCCAGAGGAUGUGACCAGGCUGUGCCAGAUACUGGCUCAAUGUCCCCAGCUGACAGAAAUCAAUCUGUCUAGAAAUUCAUUGAGUGACCAGAGCAUCAAGAGAUUACUGAGUUUUCUGCCAUCCCUCUGUCAUCUGACACUACUGAGUAUUAGGACAGACUCCUUGUCCCCACAUUGUGCUGCUUUACUCCUCAACUCCAUCAAUGUCUGUGAGCGGGUCAGAGUGGUGGAAGUCUGGUCAAGUGAAAAUGCCUUCUUGCAUUUAGGAGCAAGCAUGCGAAGCCAAAAGACAUCCUGCAGGCUGACAGGCUGUGCCCUCGGGCAGGGGCAGGUGGAGGAGCUCUGCAGCAUCCUGGAGCAGCACGGGUGGCUGGCAGAAGUCGAUCUCUCUAGGAAUCAGCUGGGAGAUGAAGGCCUGAGGUGCCUCUUGGACUACUUGCACCGAGUGCCCAGUAGCUGUUUCCUCAAUCUCAGCCAUAAUGGGAUUUCUCAGGAUGGAGUCCUGCAUCUUGUAAAUGCCUUUGUCACAUCCAGAAACACCACUGAAGUUCAAGUCAGUUUGUGCUCAAAAGCAACUUUAAUCAUCAAGCUGACAAGUGGAGAUGACCCAAGAAAGGGUCAAGAAAAGGUUUUGAGACUGGCAGAGUGCAACUUUCAGCCAGAGCACUUGGAAAGGUUGUUCUUGCUCCUGGAAAAGUGCACUUACCUGACGGAGUACAAGUCCUCAAAUAACAACAUGACAGUCCAAGCUGCAGAAAGACUUUUGCAUUCCCUGAGGAAAGAUCUGGGGCUGCUGAAAAUCAGCAUAGAAGAGCCAUGGGUGUGCCAAGAGAGAGUCAUGAACCUUCUGGAGCUGGCUGUCCAGACCUCUGGAAAUGUUACUGAGAUCACGAUAUGUAAAGAUAAAUCCCUCUUCCAAUUAGUCAUAAGAUUCCCAAGCUGCCUGGAGAAGACAGAAUCAGUCAUUAGCAGACUGAGUCUGUACAAGCCAGAAAUCAAGCACUCCUUCUGCCAAAGGCUUCGUGAAAAAUGUGCUCAGCUUCAGGAGCUGAGAUGGUCUCACGUGGAACUCCACGAGGAUGAAGCAGAAAUGCUAGUCAGGAUUUUGCUACCCCUUCCAGAGCUGAAGACAUUUGGGCUGACCUCUAGCAGUGUUGCAGCAACUGGAAUCAAUUAUUUGAUCUCAGGCUUGCAGAAUUGCCAGGCCAUUGAAGAACUCAACCUGGGCUACAUGGAGCUCAGCAGUGCUGCUGUCCCUGAGCUUGUGCUGGGGCUCUGUGGGAUGCCAUCCCUGAAAAGGCUGAUCUUGAACCACAACAGUAUUGGGAAUGACGGCUGCUCCAGACUCGCAGAAGCCUUGAGGAAAAUGCACAACAUGGAGGAAAUCAAUUUAAGCCACAACAAGAUUGGAGAUCCAGGCCUGAUAAAUCUUGCUGCUGUCCUGCUGGAAAUGCAAAACCUGAAGAAAAUCAACCUUUCAGGGAACUGUCCUAGUCCUGCUGGAGGGGAAAAGCUGAUGGAAGCUCUUGCCCAUUGCAGGCACAUCAAGGAGUUACUACUAUCGAGGAAUGGUUUUGGAGACAGGACAGCAGUGACUCUUGCCCUCUGUCUGCCUCGCAUGACCAACCUGAAGAUCCUGCACUUCCAGAACAAUAACAUUGGGCAGGCAGGAGGGCUGGAGCUGGCCAGAGCCCUGGUGGUGUGUGAGCUGCUGGAAGAGAUCAGUUUAUCAGAAAACAGCCUUGGGGAACAGAGUAUCCAUGCCCUGUCCAAGGGGCUGCCAUGCUUCCGACACCUCCGGAGGAUGGACUUGAAAUUCUGUGGAAUCACUGACCGUGCUUCAAAAUCCCUCUGUCUCGGCUUCCGACAGUGCCCUUCCAUGGAGGAGAUCAUACUGUCUUGGAAUGCCCUUGGAGAUGGAGGAGCCCAAGAGCUGGCCAUUGCUCUCCCAAAGAUGGAAAAGCUGAAGGUGUUAGACCUGGAGAAAAAUCGUGUUGGAGCCUGUGGGGCCACAAAGCUCGCGGAGGAACUUGCCAAGUGCCCAGAAAUUCAGUUCCUAAGGCUGUGGGACAACCCAGUGCCCAAGGGCCUUGCUGAGAGGUUGACAAGCCAAGACCCAAGACUGUGUUUCUCCUUCAGCUAGAAAAGAUCCUUUGCCUAACUAGGAGCUGCUCUCCAUUUCCCACUGCCCUCAAAACUGCACUGGAGAACCCAGGAACUCAAAGUUCCUACAACUGAAUACUGUAACUAUUGGGUCUUUCUUUGCUACAUCGAACAAAGUGUGGACACUGACAUUAUUUUUGUUUGGUUUGGUUUUUUUUUGUUUGGUUUGUUUUUGUUAAAGUUUUUUUGUUUGUUUUGU